AUGGCCGUCGUCGCAACCAUCAAGUGCGUUGUCGUCGGCGACGGUGCUGUCGGCAAGACAUGUCUUCUGAUCAGCUACACCACGAACAAAUUCCCCUCCGAAUACGUCCCGACCGUUUUCGAUAACUAUGCCGUCACAGUAAUGAUCGGUGACGAGCCCUAUACCCUCGGACUGUUCGAUACCGCCGGUCAAGAAGAUUACGAUAGACUGCGACCCCUCUCAUAUCCUCAGACAGACGUUUUCCUCGUUUGCUUCAGUGUUACGUCCCCUGCCUCGUUUGAAAACGUUCGCGAGAAAUGGUUCCCCGAGGUCCACCACCACUGUCCGGGAGUUCCCUGCCUCAUUGUCGGCACUCAGGUCGAUUUGAGAGAUGAUCCCAGCGUCAGGGAAAAGCUGAUGAAGCAGAAGAUGGCGCCUGUUAGAAGGGAAGACGGCGAGCGCAUGGCUAAGGAGCUGCACGCUGUCAAGUACGUCGAGUGCAGUGCGCUUACGCAAUUCAAGUUGAAGGAUGUUUUUGAUGAGGCUAUUGUCGCCGCGUUAGAACCGCCGAUGCCCAAAAAGAAGUCUCACAAGUGUCUAGUCCUUUAA